AUGAUAAGAAUGACAGGCAAUGAAGAUGACCACCCCAAAGGCUUGAGGUCAGACGAGUUGGAAGAAUACCGUGGAGAUAUCUGGAAGAGACUGGUAAACCUGAUUGAGAAAGAUGAUAGUCCGAAAGAGGUCAAUAGUUUACUAGAACUACUCGGCAAAGAUGUGGACCUGGACACAAAAAUUGAAUAUCUCUUUCCGAGCAACGAUGUGGACACUGAUGAUGUGACUUUAUUAAUGCUUGCAGUGGGAUGGAAUCGCCUGCAAACCACGAGACUCUUACUUGAGAAAGGAGCCGAUAUAAUGGCUGAGACAAGCGACUAUCGAGCGACUGCGCUCAUAUACGCUGUAUGGCAGAAUGUUUCCUUGGACUUAAUUGAGGUUUUAGUUGAAAAAGGCCAUCAUGCACUCAUGGAAAAGAGAGACAAGCAAGGAUGUUCUGCUCUGGCUUUUGCUGCUCAACUUGGGCACAAAGAGCUUGUACAAAUACUUAUUGAAAAAGGCGCGAAUAUAGGAUCAAUGAAGGGUGAUCCGUACAAUGGACUUCACCUGGCUGUCCUAACUCAAAACAAUGACCUCGUCGACAUUUUCCUGGCAGCCAUUCAUGAACAGGACAGCGAAAUGAUUGAGGCCGGCAUGCGUCUGAAAUGGCUGAUCGAGAAUUGGAGAGCGCAAACUAUCUUUGCAAAAAACCAUUAUGGCUCCACUCCUUUGGAUGAUGCCGCAAGAAAGUCUUAUUACUAUGGUGUUCUGAAAAUCCUGGAUGCUUCAUGGCUUGCAUUUGAGUCUUUCCCACGUGCUGACCCAUAUAUUUCCAACGACAAUGAGGCAGGCUCAGUUGCAAACUGUAUAUUGAGCUGGAUGGCUCAACAAGACCUCCGUGAGCAUGAAUCUGCAGCUAUAAAACCUAAUGGCUGGCUGGGACACGAGAAUGCGAUUUUCUUCUGGGCAAUUUUACACACAAAUGAUGCAGUAUUUGAUAAUUGCUUAGCUGAUUCCAAACCCUUGCCGUCGGAGUCAGAUUCAUUUUCCUGGAUUUCCAUAGCCGCUUUUAAAGCUACAUAUGGGAUGACGGGAAAGCUACUUGAGCGGAUUCAAGAGCUAAGCAUAGAAUUAACCAGAGAUCUUCUGCGCUUGGCAAUCAAACAUUCAAAUGUUCAAUUCGCUCGAGCUAUCAUAGAUCGAGCUUCGGAAUUGACGAAGAAAAUGGAGCACAGUGACACAAGUGGUUUGGAAGAUCAAACGGCAAUUCGUUCGAAUAAAGAUAUUGUGAAAAUUCUCAUCGAACGGUCAAAAGGAGAGGAUCUAAUUUCUCUAUCAGCCAAGGGGGGUAAGCCAGGUCGCAACGAGAUCGAACUACUCCUCUGGAAAACCCUCGAUCAUGCUCUCAAAGACCUUCAUGAAUUAUUCAGCUCUUCUCAAUCAGAUCAUUUGAAUUAUAUAUUUGAGUUGGCAGCACAAUUUGAGCCCCCAGGACACGAGAAAUAUUUAUCCAAGUACUUGGAGAAAUUCCAUAAUACUCAGCUAUCAACGAAACUGUUGGGAGCGAGUGUGUUGUUGAAAGCAGUAUUUCUCCAGCUCCCCGUAGUUGUCUGGUGGGUUCUUUCACAUGGAAGCUAUACCGGCGAACGAGAGAUUAAAGAAGCUCUACAGCUACUUGAAGACAUGACAGACGGGAAUAUGACCAUUGACGGUGUCACUUCACAUGAAAGUUGUGCGAGCACUACGGAUGUUAACUCGGAGAAGAAUAUCAUCAAGGAACUUCUGAGCGAUCCGCCGCCAAUUUUAAAAUCUCGAGCCCCUUGGGACGAUCUCCAUCAGCCGCACUUAGAGCCACUACCCUCUGAUUUCAAUUCUCCGAAUGGGACAGUAGUGGAUCUAUUCCAUGUCAGAGACAUCAUAUAUGAUGGACCCCAGAAAAUAAUGCGUCCAUGCAAAUAUGACAAAAUCUUGAAACUGAAAGAUGACCUGAAGAAGUUUGAAAUCAGCUCAAACAUUGAGCAAAAUUCCCCGGCUGCGGCGUUUUCUGGCUUCAAAGGGCCGGACAUGAGAUGGAUACACAUCCCAAUAAAUGAUUUCACAUGUAUGAAGGAGACGUAUAUGCAUGAGCAGGGCGAAAAACGGGAAGCAAAAGAGUCCAGGAAGGAAAAGCAAGAAAUCCCUUUCAAAUCUUCUGCUAUUUAUAUGCCAUACCUGUCUUGCUCGGAGUGUCCAAGGACAACCGCAAAUACAGGACCUGAUAAUUCUGACUCUUGUCACGAGAGUUUCGACUCAAAGUGGGAAAUCAAAUAUUCAGUGUCACUCGAAGACUCUAAAGAUAGAGAGCAUUCAUCGAUGACCCUUGACCAAUACUACUAUUCCUCGAUUACCGACACGAGGGAUCGAGACAAAGACCAAGUCGUCGGUCGUUUCACACGAUCAGGAACUUCUCAGAGACGAUUCUAUGACUUAGAGGAAUUCAUUCACCGAGUAGAAGAUGAUGGGAAUUCCAGUGACCAACCUGAUAAAAUUAUUGUCGUUAAUCAGCUUUGGCUUUGGAUCAUCGAUGAGAAGACUUUAAUCACUAGUACAACCAGAGAAAAUGACGUCUUCCCAGAAAACUUUCGUCAGCGAGUCGAAUCGAAAAUAAAGUCUCAUGGGGAUACCUGUUCUUGGUCGGCCGAAUUUCUUCAAGAAUUGAUUCUCAGCACCGCCACAGGCAUGUUUCAUAAUGUGGAGAUCCCUAUAGGCUCGCUUCAAGAGACACCAGAUGAGAGGAUCAAAAGUCUCAACGAUUCUCCUCUGGGAAUAUUCAGGAAGUCCAUUCAGGAAGUUCGGGAUCGUGAAGCCAAACUUUUCUUGGAAUUUUCCAAAAAGCUGGUGGAAGACAAAAAGAACGAACAGGCGUCGAUUUAUGACCAAGACAAGGGUUCUGGACUGGUUUCCUAUAUGAAGGCUUCCUACUACUUCAUUUCUGGAAGAAAAGCCAACUUGAGUAACAAAGUCAAGCGAGAAAGAGAGACACGCAGCUCCAGUCCCACAUAUGACGAUAUAAUCGAUGAAACGGGACUCCUCAGGGUAAUCAAAGAUAUCUGCGAUGAGCUUAACAUUCUCAAAUGUAUUACUCGUGCUCAAGAUGACGUUUUCAAACAGUUACGAGGAGAGAACUACAACAAACAGGUUGAAUUCACUUAUAACAGUCCAUCCAGUAUUCAUGCUGAAAUCGUGGAAAUGAUGCAGGAUGUGGAUUUUGUUCAGAAGUCCAUCCAUCUACUCCUUGAUCUCAAGCAAAAGCAAGCCAAUAUCUUUGAAGCAAAGAAUAGUAGGAAGCAAAGCGAGGAGACUGCAAAACAAGGAGUAGCCAUCAUGGUCUUCACAUUGGUCACUAUUGUAUUUCUUCCUGCUUCGUUUUUGACAAGUUUGUUUGCAUUGAAUGUCUCCGACUUCCCGCACAACGGAGACAAUGUCAGCUAUGAAGGUCGAUGGAUUUUUCCAAUAAUAUACUCCCGUCAACCCGGCCGGUCUCCUUACAACAUGGAGCCGCCGGAGUAA